AUGGCGAUAAAUUUUUCCGCCUCGUUUGCCGCCUGCCUGGCGGCCGGGCUGAAGGUGCCGCGCCAGAUCAUGUACUGCAUCUCGCAGGACACGGCCCCGUACGUGCUGUACAAGGACUCGCAGGAGGCGGCCGAACGCGGCGCCGUCCAGUGGGGCAACAACGCGGACGGUGGCGGGGGCGGCGGGGUCUAUCCGUCGGCCGCCGCCAUCCAGCAGAAUGCGCAGAACCACCUGCAGGCCCACAUGAACGGUGCGACGCAGCAGCAGCUGGUGGCGGCAGCGGCCGCCGCCGCAGCCCAACACCAUCACCAGCAACAGCAGCAACAGCACCAUCAGCAGCAGCAAACUUCCGGCAAUAAUAGCUCCCCGAAUCAGGACAAUAGGCCACAGCAACCGGGUGAACAAGCGAAUGGUCAUCUACACAGCCCGGCGACUAGCCCGUAUCCUGCGAAUAACGGUCCAGAUAUAGAAGAAGACUUGAUCAAGGUACAAAGUAUGCAACAAGCCGUUCAGCACCAGCAGCCGAACGGUCAGCAACAGUUGGUCCAACAGCAGCAGCAGGCGAACAACAACAACUCCCCGUCGAACCAGAGCCACCCGAACGACCCGAACCCGAACGGGGGCCAGCACGGGGGACCGGGCGCGAACGGACAGGGUGGAGGACCACCGGGACCCGGGUGCUUCGGUAACGAAGCGUCACAGGCCGAGCUGAACUACUACGCGCAACGCCAUCACGCCGGGCCGCAGGGCGCCAUGUUGGCACCGCCGGGCUUCGCACCGCUGCACCACUAUCUCAACAAGUCCGGCGUGCUGCCGGUGGGCAUGCCGGGCGGGCUGGUCGAUCAGCCCGGCGCCCUCGAGCAGUACGGCAUGCCGGACCUGCUGCAUGCCGGCGCCGCCACCGGCGGACCCGGCGGUCCCGGUGCGGGCGGUGGAGGCGGCGGAGGCGGUGGAGGCGGUGCUGGGGGCGGUGGUGGCAAUCAGCUGCACCACUCGCCGACGAACGGUGCCGUCGCGCCCGGCACGGGGGGCACGAACGGCGGGGGCGGUACCACCGCCGGCACCACACCCGGCACCGCCGGCGGCCACGGUCCGUCGUCCGCGUCGUCCAAGUCGUCGAAAAACUCCGACCUCCGCCUGUUCAAGUGCUUGACGUGCGGGAAAGAUUUCAAGCAGAAGAGCACGCUGCUGCAGCACGAGCGCAUCCACACCGACUCGCGCCCGUACGGGUGCCCGGAGUGCGGGAAGCGCUUCCGGCAGCAGUCACAUCUGACGCAGCACCUGCGGAUACACGCGAACGAGAAACCGUUCAGCUGCGCGUACUGCCCGCGCAGCUUCCGGCAGCGGGCCAUCCUCAACCAGCACAUCCGCAUUCACUCAGGUGAUAAGCCCUUCGGAUGCCCGUAUCCGGAAUGCGGCAAAAAAUUUCGUCAAAAGGCCAUAUUGAACCAACAUGUGCGCACCCAUCAAGAUGUUUCCCCGCAUUUGAUCUUCAAGAACGGGCCGCACGCGACGCUGUGGCCGCAGGAUGUGCCGUACCCGCCGGAGCUGGAGAACGCGCAGCCGAAGGACGAGCAGACGUUCGGGGACGAGGCGUCGCAGGGUGGCGGCGAGUCGCGCGGCUGCUUUUCGCCCGAAAACUACCCGGCCUACUUCAAGGACGGCAAGGGCGUGAACCACUCGAUCUUCGGCAACAAUCUGCAGUAUCUCAACAAGGCGACCGGCGGGAAGGCGAUGCUGCCGGACGUGAUCCAGCACGGCCGCUCGGCCGGCAUGCCGCUGUACGUGCGCUGCCCGAUCUGCCAGAAGGAGUUCAAGCAGAAGAGCACGCUGUUGCAGCACGGCUGCAUCCACAUCGAGUCCCGGCCCUACCCGUGCCCCGAGUGUGGCAAGCGCUUCCGCCAGCAGUCGCACCUGACGCAGCACCUGCGCAUCCACACGAACGAGAAACCGUUCGGGUGCAUGUACUGUCCGCGCUUCUUCCGCCAGCGCACGAUCCUCAACCAGCACAUUCGCAUCCAUACUGGCGAGAAACCGUACCGGUGCGGCCAGUGCGGCAAGGACUUCCGCCAGAAAGCCAUCCUCGAUCAGCACACCCGAACGCACCAGGUAGGCGACCGACCGUUCUGCUGUCCGAUGCCAAACUGCCGGCGCCGCUUCGUGACCGAGCAGGAGGUUAAAAAACAUAUCGAUAACCACAUGAACCCGCACUCGUCCAAAUCGCGCAAGCUGGCGACGAUGGCUGCAAUGAACAACAACAACAACAAUAACAACAACAACCAGAAUAGCAACAACAACAAUAGCAGCAAUAAUAAUAACAACAACAAUAGCGGCACGGGCAACAAUCCGACGGCGAACAGCAAUGCCGGUCCGGCCAAUGGCAACAACGCCGGGGGCAACAAUAACAACAGCAGUGGCAACAACAACAAUAACAACAACAACAAUAACAAUAAUAACAACAACAACAACAACGGGAUUAUUGAGCAAAAAGUGUCGCCAACGUUCCUGAUGGACAAGCAGAACCAGCUGAUCCAGCGGAUGGCCCCGGUGAAGCACGAGCUGUACUUCCCGCAGUGCUACGGCCCGCCCUUCAAUCAGUCGUUCAUGGCGGGCGCGGCAGCCGUGGCCGCGGCCAACGGUCCGGCGGCAGCCGCUGCGGCCGCCGCUGCAGCAGCUGCAGCCGUCGCGGCGUCCGGCGCCUCGCAAGUCCCACCACCGAACGGCGGAAACCCGCAGCAACAGCAGCCCGGUGCGGGUGGGGCCGGAAACCCGCAAGCGCCGCCGCCUCCGCCCCCGCACGUCGCCACCAACGGACCCCCGUCGGCCGUGUCGGCAGCCGCCGUAGCCGCCGCCAUCGUUGCCGCACCGGCCCCACAGGCCGUCGUCGCGCAGUGAUAUCCGAACGAUCCACAGCAGCACCUGGUUCACCUGCAGCCGCAACAGACGCCGCAGCAUCUUCCACAUCUUCCGCUACAACAACCACCG